UAAGAGUGAAGACACAAAAAGUCAUUGAAGGAGACCUCUCCCUGGCAGUGACAAGACUCUUCCGUGAUGUCUCCGGACGCAGAUCCGGAGGUCCGUCCCGAGCGGGGUGGCUUUGGCGCAUGUUCGCCGGCCAGGUUCACGGAGGCUUUAACGUGGCGUCUGGCUCGCACCCUGGCCCUGGGUCAGGUCCUGGCAGCGCUGGUGUGCGGUACGGCCGUGUCGUCUCAGUAUUUAAGCUCCGCCUUCCGGGUGGACGCUCCCAUGCUGCAGAGCGUCUUACACUACGCGCUCCUUGGCGCCACUUAUACACCGGUGCUGCUCUGCAGGACAGGUCCCGUGAGUGUGUUCCAGAUGGGUUGCAGGCGAUGGCUGCUGUACUUCCUGCUGGGGCUGGUGGACGUGGAGGCAAACUACAGCGUGGUCAAAGCCUACCAGUACACCACACUCACCAGUAUACAGCUUUUGGACUGCUUUGUGAUCCCGGUGGUCAUGUUUCUGUCCUGGUGGCUCUUGAGGACACGCUACCGUCCCAUCCACUUUGUGUCCGUCUGCAUCUGUUUGUUGGGCGUUGGCGCCAUGGUGGGGGCUGACCUACUGGCGGGGCGAGACCAGGGCUCCACCUCCAACAUCCUGCUGGGUGAUGGCCUAGUGCUGCUCAGUGCUGCCCUCUAUGGGAUAUCCAACGUCUGGCAGGAAUACGCCGUCAAGAAUCAAAGCCGCCUCGAGUUCCUGGGAAUGCUGGGGUUCUUCGGUACCAUCAUAAGUUCAAUACAAAUGGUGGCCCUGGAGCUUCGCCAAGUGUCAGCCAUCCAGUGGAGCUGGCAAGUAGCUCUGCUGUUUGGGGCCUUCGCGUGUUGCAUGUUCAGUUUGUACAGCCUGAUGCCCGUGGUCAUAAAGGAAAGCAGCGCCGCCGCCGUCAACCUGUCCAUGCUCACCGCCGACGUCUUCAGCAUCUUUUGUGGCAUCUUCAUCUUCCACUACAACUUCUCAGGUUUGUACGUGGUGUCUCUGGUGGUUAUCUUUGUUGGCUUCAUCACCUUCAACGCCGUACCCAUCGACCCCUCCUCCUCCAGCUGUGAGAGGGGAAGCCACGACAACACUGCUCAGCCAUCCAACCAGGAAGUGGCGGUGAUCGAAGGGAAGCAGUGUAAGAGAAUUCCUCUUGACUGCACUCGAUUGUGAAACUUCAGACUUUUUUUUUU